AUGGUUGGCAUUCGCGAAUGUGUUCAAACCCUUCAGUCGAUGUUGCGACAAUCAUCCAACCACGAAUAUCAACUUGACUCUUCGGAGAAGGACCCUCCCAGUGGUACAGGUAAUAAUCGAGAGUAUCGAGGGACAAAAGUGCUUGGCCAUUAUGGCUCCAGUGACCUGUCAUCCAGCCGACAACAACAAAUACAGGCAUUGUCUCGGUCGAACCAACUUCCUGCGUCCGCUGGAUGUCAGCUUGUCGUUUCAGCUCAGGCUCCAGCGACUGUCGUGCAACCGUCACCGACGCUGGACACUCAGAGCCGCUACGCGACUUCGCUGAUGGAUAUGGCCGCUUUGGAAUCUCCAGCCAUGCCCUUCCCCCUGAGCAUCGACUCCAACACCUUGGAAUAUAAUAAUACGGCUGGUCGUGAUGGGCCAGAAGAAGAGGAGGAGGAGAAGGAGGAGGAAGAAAAACCCCGUUUUCAUCUUGAUCCCGAACGAAGACAAGUAUCUUAUUAUGGUCCCACAUCUCAGAACUAUCACUCGUCUCCAUGCGCGGAUCGAAAUAUCCAGGGCCAACCUUGCACAAUCGACCCUCUGGAAAGUGUGGACAUGGACAUCGAUCUUGAUUCUCCUCACAUCAAAAGGGUAAUAAUGGAUUGUUUUUGGAAAUCCAACGAGGUGUUUGGCCGCGCCGUGGACCGGGAUCUUUUUAUGGCUUCUCAAAAGACCGGAGACGCCUCGGAGUAUUAUUCGAAGGCUCUCGAGGAUGUUAUUCUAGCUUGUGGCGCACGCAACAGCACAUCGGCCGUCAUCCGCAGUCUUGGACACCGAUAUGUCAAGCGGGCGAAGGCAGGCUUGUUGAUGCAGCUCGAAUCUCCCACCGUUGGAUCCAUCCUGGGCUUCAUGUUGCUGAGCAAUUUUGACUCAAGCAUGGGUUCUCAUCGGGUGGGCUGGACAUACGGUGGUAUUGGUUUUCUGUUACUGGUCGACCUGGGACUUCAUGAAGACUGUUCCGACCUUGUAACCCAAGGCAAACUCACGGAGGCCGAGGCCAGCUGCCGAAAAGAUUUGCUGUACUCCGCUUUCAUUUACGAGACUGUCGGCGCCUGGUUUCUCGGUCGGCCUCGACAGAUCCCCAUCUCGGCGGUGAGCUUGAACUUCCCAUCGCGGGAGAUCUACGAUCCGGCAAACACGUCGACGGUGGUCUUCUACAGCUGGGUCCAACUCUGUAUCCAGAUGGCCUUUGUGGCCGACAUUGUCAAUGACGCCCUUCCCCUGGACGACCAAGCAAUACAACAGCUUUCGCAGCUGUGUGCCAACAUUCAAUCCUUUCAAGAUUCCCUGCCACCGGGUGUGAAGUGGGAAGGCUCGACGAUGUCACCCCUGGACUCGUCCGCCUACAGUCUCAAUACACAAGCCGCCGCUUUGCAGAUUAUCAUCCACCAGAUUCCCACCCGAUGCCGCCGCCCGGCAAAGAGAGGCCUGAACGACAACAACAACAACACCAACCCACCGAGAGUUCAAUCUCCAUCAGCGACAUUGUCGGGCUUCGAACCCGAGUUGUCGCAGCGCAUCUGCUAUGACAACGCAGUGCGUAUCGCUCAGUUGGUCCGAAUUUCGGUGGAAAUCCAUGGAGUCGAAAACAUGAGUCCGACCAUGUUGGAUAAUAUGUUUGUCGCCGCCAUGGUCCUAAUCCGGCGAAACCUUGAUUCAACAGAGCUCCACCAGGACUGGUGGCUGGACAAGGAUAGGCAGUGGCUCGUUGUCCUGUCUGAGGCAUUGGAUGCCGUUCAGAAGCACUUUCCCAUGGCUUACCGCAUCAGGUUCCGCCUCUCUCGCGCGGUCGAGAACACCCCGAUGGAUGACAUCUUCAAUCUGGAAAAGGCGGUGGGAGAGAACUGGGCCAGAGAUGAACUGGGGUCAUUGGCGGCGGCUCCAUUCCGGGCACUUAACUCCAAUGAUGAUAUACUCAUGGGGGACUUUUUGAUGGAUUCAACAGUGCAAUUCUAG